AUGUCAUCAGAACAGUAUAAAUACGACAGCUACUCUUACAUGAAUAAUUCCAGUUCAUACAGCAAGGAUGAAGGUGAUCAGCCUUCCUACGGAACAGAGCAUACUUCGACGAGGCCGGACCACCAUUCAAACAACGUAGACGACAACUCGAGUAGGACUAACAAUUCUCACAGCAAAGCAGAGUCGCACAGGUCAGAAAGGCACGAGAGCCGCAGAGACCCCUACGCCUCCAGUAAACGACGCUCAAACUCGAGGAGUCGCAGACACAGACGUUCGAGAAGCAGAGACUCGCGAAACAGGUACGACAGGCGCUCCAGAGACCUCCACGACAGAGGGGAAAGGUCCGAGAGAGGCGACAGGUACGAAAGGUCUGAGAGGAGCAGGCGCUCAGGCAGUAGGCACAGAAGGUCAAGAGAUAGGUUCAGAAGCGAAAGGGAGCCCGAGGAGGAAAACCUCCUGCUCAACAGAGACAUUUCAGAGAGCCACGCGAGGUCGAGGGCGGCGGAGAGGAGGCGCAGGAAGGCGCAGGCGGAGUGCAUCCGGAGAGCUGGCGGCUUCCAGAAGCUGGCAGACCAGGAGGGCCACCAGACGGUGCGCCUUUUCUGGGACGGCUUCCAGUGGGUGGCGAAGGCGGAGCAGAACACCAUACUGGGCGGAGACCCUGCGCUCAUGAACUCGACGCGGAAGCUGAGAAGACUCUACUUCGGAAACCUGCCCGUGAACACGGGGCUCACGGAAACGGGGUUCCAAAACCUCAUCUGGAACGAAAUGAGAAAUCGCAACUUCUGCAACGACCCGAACGUGUCGCCAGUGCUCUACGUCUGGUUCGCCAAGGACAAGGGCAACUAUGGCUUCGUCGAGUUCGCGAGCGUCGAGGAGACUGAGCGCGCCCUCACCAUGGACGGCAUGACCUGUAUGGGCGUGCAGCUGCGCGUCUCGCGCCCCAACGACUACUCCUCGACGUCGAUGAAGAGCGCGACGCAGCAGCAGAUCGUGGUGCCGCCAGUGCUCACGAGCUCCGCCCCUGCACUCGACGCCUUCAAGGGCACGUGCCUGCACCUCGUGCAGAUAGUGCUCCCUGAGACCAUAGAGGCAGAGAUUGAAUACCUCGACGUGCUCGACGACGUCAGGGAGGAGUUCGCGAAGCACGGCAAGAUAGCCUCCGCUCUCAUCGUUGCUCCCAGGCACAGGGAGCUUGCCAAGGACUUUCAGGUUGGCGACAUGCUCAUUGAGUUUGAGAGCAACCAGGAGCUCGUUUCCUGCGUUGAGCACAUGAGCAACCGCAAGUACGAGAACCGCCUGAUAGAGAUGAAGCCUCUUGAGCCUGACGUGUACGCCCAGUUAUCCAAGGUGAUAAUUCCCGACUUGAAGGAGAUGGACGUCCAGGAGUGA